AUGGUCUCUCAACUCGUUUGCCCACCAAAACCACCGGAUUACUAUGUGAUAGUGCUAAGAAUAAUAGCGAGUAUCUCGAUUCCUGUUAGCUGUUUCGCCUUUUAUCUCGUAUGGUUUCGGUCUCAAAAACGAGCCAAAUAUCGCUACUGUCUUUUUUAUGUUCAAAUUUCGACAUUUCUCUCCGAAAUAUUCAUUUCAAUUCUACCUGCUUAUUAUUAUUUUCCAAUGCUCGGCGGAUUCAAUACCUCGUCGAUUGCUCAAUACGUCUCAGGACACUCGUACAUGGCAUAUACAGCAACGGUUACUGUAUCGAUUUUGAAUGAUCUGAAGGUGAAGAUGUCGCGACAAACCUACGCAACGCACGCUAGCGCUCUGUUCGGUUUGAUAAUGCAGCUGGCUGUUGGUUCGAUUAAAUUUUUUAUUUCGCACAAGAUGCCGUCACAAUUAGUAUGUCCGACAAAUAUUCCGGAUUAUUACUUGAAUGUCCUUCAUUCAAUAGCAUGCGUCUCUUUCCCAUUCAAUCUCCUCGCGUUUUACCUUGUAUGGUAUCGUUCCCCGAAAGCCUCAAAUUAUCGAUAUUGCCUUUUUUAUCUGCAGUUAACGACACUUAUUGCCGAAAUCGAUAUGACAAUUAUGAAUCCUCGAUAUUAUUUUUUUCCGAUGCUCGGAAGUUACAACAACUCGUGGCUUUCCGAAUACGUUUCUAGUCAUUUGGCAACUUGUCUUUACUUUUUUCUGCUUUGUUGGGAACUCCCCGCGUAUUUGAUUUGCUUCCUAUAUCGAUAUGAGAGUACAAUCAAAAUGGACAAGUACUAUCCGAAUUGCAAGCAUAUAAUGCUUUCAAGAGAAUAUGAGUUUUACGAUUAUCGGGUGAAUCCAUGGAUUGCCGGAAUUUGUUUGAGCGCUUUUCUGUUCGUCUUCAUUUCUGCUUUAUAUAUGAUUUACUUGGCGAGUGUAUCAAUUAGAGUUCUAAUUAAUUUGAAGAAACACAUGUCACAAGCGACAUUUGUGAUGCACAAAACUGCUAUGAUCAGCUUAAUUAUGCAGUGUGUUAUCCCCGUGACUCUUUUGAUUGUUCCAUUAUACGUGGACGCUGUUAUUGUAUACAAUGAUUUACACGAAUUUCAUGAAUUAGCUACAAAUAUGACAUUUUUAAUUGGAUCACAUUCACUUUGCAGCUCGAUUGUAAUGAUUUUUGCGAAUCCGAGACAUCGGCGAAUUAUUUUUGACGCGUUACGGAGGAAUCGGAUAUCGGGUUCCUUAAUGCCAAAGAACAUAAAUACUACAUCGAGAACAGUUAGCAUUGCUAUCAACACUGCUAGUGUCAACCAUUGA